AAAAUUCGGCAUCUUUCCUUCGUUAAUCGAAAGAUUGACGGGCACAAGAUUUCAAUUAUCACCUUUAAACAACGUUAUUUAGCGGUAUUUACUUUGUUGUCGUCGAUUUAUUCGCGAAUAUGAAAUGAAUUUUCUAAAGAGUAGUAUCACUUUAUAGUAGAGUAGUGAGAGAGUCGUGUCAUAUUUCAGUGAAUUUAAAUUAUUCAAUUAUAAUUAUGAUUAAUUCAAGUCUGAAUAUCAAUAAUAACAACACGUUACAAUUUGGAAAUGGAAAAAGAAUUGAUUCAAAUAGUAAACGUAAAGAAGAGAUAACAUUAGAAGCAACUGAUCAAGUGAUAUUUGAAAAUAGCCGUUUUUUAAGUACAUUGGUGGUCGGUAAAAAGAAGCCUCAAAGCGAUGUGGUUCCGUGUGGAUCUCCGGGAAUAUUCCGUCAAAAGUCCGGGACGUGUGAUUUGUCCUUCAGUAGUUGCGCUCGCGCAGCACGGACUUCGCUCGGUAAUAUCGGGAACGUCCUAUCGCGAAAAAUGGCGGCCUCUACAUCGCAGGCGAACGUUUCCUGGUCGAAUACCAAAGACGAUUACGAAUUGGGAAAAGUAAUCGGUGUUGGAGCCACCGCGGUCGUACACGAGGCACUAUGCAAACCAAGAAACGAAAAAUGUGCCAUCAAACGUAUCAAUUUGGAAAAAUGGAAUACUUCCAUGGACGAACUUUUAAAAGAAAUCCAAGCUAUGUCUAGUUGCAAUCAUGAGAACGUCGUAACUUAUCAUACUAGUUUUGUUGUAAAAGAAGAAUUGUGGCUUGUUUUGAGAUUAUUAGAAGGUGGAAGCCUUUUGGAUAUAAUAAAGCACAAAACGCGCAAAACCAAUUGUAAAAAUGGUGUUUUUGAUGAACCCACGAUAGCCACUGUGCUUAGGGAGGUUUUGAAAGGAUUGGAAUAUUUCCAUAACAAUGGACAAAUCCACAGAGAUAUAAAAGCGGGGAAUAUUUUGCUUGGAAAUGAUGGUACAGUUCAAAUUGCCGAUUUUGGAGUUUCUGCUUGGUUGGCAACAGGACGAGAUCUUUCCCGACAAAAAGUUAGACACACUUUUGUGGGAACCCCCUGUUGGAUGGCACCGGAAGUCAUGGAACAAGACCAUGGCUAUGAUUUCAAAGCAGAUAUUUGGUCAUUUGGUAUAACAGCAAUCGAAAUGGCAACUGGAACAGCGCCUUAUCAUAAAUAUCCACCUAUGAAAGUGUUAAUGUUGACAUUACAAAAUGAUCCACCUAACUUGGAUACAGGAGCUGAAGAAAAAGAUCAAUAUAAAGCUUAUGGUAAAACUUUUCGAAAAAUGAUCGUUGAUUGUCUUCAAAAAGAGCCUAGUAAGCGACCAUCUGCUUCGGAACUUUUAAAACAUCCAUUUUUCAAAAAAGCAAAAGAUAAAAAAUAUCUUCAAUCGACAUUGGUUGCUAAUGGACCCAGUUUAGAAACUCGAGUUCAAAAAGCUUCAAAGAGACAACCAGGAGCUUCUGGACGUCUUCACAGAAAAGAAACUGGCGAAUGGGUCUGGUCGAGUGAAGAUGAAGGAGAUGAGGGGGCUUCUAGUGAUACGGACACUGAACCAAAACCCCUAAAUAUUGUGAACCAACAGUCGGAUUCUGAACAUGAAGAAAGUAGUGAAGGGGAGGUUCCACCAGUUAAUCUUGUUUUGAGAAUGAGGUAAAAAAAAUUGCGUAAAAA